AGCGAGGUGCGCAUCCCGGGGGAUGAGUUAAAGUGGAAGUUCAUCAGCGAUGGUGUGUGAAUGGCUGGGGCUGGCGCUUCACCGUCUAUCCCAUCAUGCCAGCUGCUGGCCCUAAGGAACUCCUCUCGGACCGCUGCGUCCUCUCCUGCCCAUCCAUGGACUUGGUGACGUGUCUGUUAGACUUCCGACUCAACCUUGCCUCCAACAGAAGCAUUGUCUCUCGCCUUGUGGCCUCGCUGGCGGCGUGUGCACAGCUGAGUGCCCUAGCUGCCAGUCACAGAAUGUGGGCCCUUCAGAGGUUGAGGAAGCUGCUUACAAUUGAAUUUGGGCAGUCAAUUAACAUAAAUAGGCUGCUUGGAGAAAAUGAUGGGGAAACAAGAGCUUUGAGUUUUACAGGUAGUGCUCUUGCUGCUUUGGUGAAAGGUCUUCCAGAAGCUUUGCAGAGGCAGUUUGAAUAUGAAGAUCCAAUUGUGAGGGGUGGCAAACAGCUGCUCCACAGCACGUUCUUUAAGGUACUGGUAGCUCUUGCUUGUGACCUGGAGCUGGACACUCUCCCUUGCUGUGCCGAGACACACAAGUGGGCGUGGUUCCAGAGGUACUGCAUGGCCUCCCGCGUUGCUGUGGCCCUUGACAAAAGAACACCAUUGCCCCGUCUGUUUCUUGAUGAGGUGGCUAAGAAAAUUCGUGAAUUAAUGGCAGACAGCGAAAACAUGGAUGUUCUGCAUGAGAGCCACGACAUUUUUAAAAGAGAACAAGAUGAGCAGCUUGUGCAGUGGAUGAACAGGCGACCAGAUGACUGGACUGUCUCUGCUGGUGGCAGUGGAACAAUUUAUGGAUGGGGACAUAAUCAUAGGGGCCAACUCAGGGGCAUUAAAGGUGCAAAGGCAAAGUUCCCACUCCCUGUGAAGCCCUCGCAACUCUCAGACCCGUGCAGUUCAUCGGAGGGGAGCAGACCCUCUUUGCUGUGACGGCUGAUGGGAAGAUCAUCUUUGUCACAAGAAGAAAACAAACCAAAUGAA